CACCGUUAUGCCAGCGCCACUACAUUAAAUAGAUAAUUUUAAUCCAUAAUAUUUAUAUGGAUUCCCGCCAUCAUUUCGUUGCGGGUUAACAUCAGCUAGCCAACUCAACCCACCAUCCAUCAACCAUCAUCCAUCAACCAUCAUCCAUCAACCAUCAUUCAUCAACCAUCAUCCACCAGCAUCACGUCAAGCAUACCCUUGUCCACGCCAUCUAAUCACCAUGCCUCGAGUUCUCCAAAUUUCACUCGACUCGGAUGAUGAGGACGCCGGGCUCGUAAGCGCUGCUCAACUUAUCCAGCGGUUUGAGUCAAAUCCGAUCCUCGAGUUUGUACCCGUCAGUAAAAAAGCCCAGGAAGCCGCCCAAAGAGAUUGGCAAAAGUUUGAGUGGUGGUAUCGUACUAUUCCCUACCAGGAUUACAGCAUGACGACUGCUUGGAUGGACUUUUGUGAGAAUAAGGACAAACCCAAAAGCCUGAUUCGGGCAUUUCUCUAUGAGCACAUUCUACAGGUCACGACAAAAGCGCCCGGCCAUUGGUAA